CCUUUACGAGUCUCAUACCCCUCUUCACCUCCCCACCUCGCUUUCGGUCUCGCGCUCUCUCCGCAUUCCCUUUGAACAUACAGAGUUCGUCUGCAUUCUCCUAGAAUUUGUACUAUUUGAUGUGCCAGAGGAUACAGAAGAAAGAUAAGUAGCAGCCGAACUAGUCUCAAAUUAUUGCUUCGCUGCUGAAUUAGUAUCAAACCAAGGGUUCAGGUUUCCAGUAACUUAUUGGAGUACGGAUGGCUUCAAAUCCAAAAAUUUGCGAGGCCUUUAAUGCAAUGCAGGUUUUAGGCAUUCCUGAAAGAGCAGUGAAACCAGCACUGAAGAAACUUCUGGACUUAUAUGAUGGAAACUGGGAACUUAUUGAAGCUGAAAAUUAUCGUGCUCUUGCUGAUGCUAUAUUUGAGUAUGAGGAAGCUAAGGGACUGGAGGAUAAUGAAGGGGCCGUAAGCUGUGAUGAAUCUGAACCUCCACUUAAAAGAUCACACCGGGGACAGCAGGAAAAUCAGGUUUCAUCUAGAAUGGAGAGAUCGAGUACAAUGUGGCUUCCUGAAAAAGGUGAAAUAGCUCCAAAAAACUUCAGGCAGGAAAGGAUGGACUCCUCCCGAUCAUCUUUGAAAGACCGAAGAAGAGUAACCAGUUCUGAUUCGUGUCGUGAACAGUUUGAUGACAAAAAAAAGUGUACCACUUCAUCUGAAAUUGCUGCCAAAGAUGUAAAAUCAACUUCUGAGAGAGCAUCAUCUACUGUACACUUUAAGCAGCCAAUGGGAGGUAGCAAUGGAGCUCUCAUUAUUGGUACUUCAAAGAAGGGUUUGAACAAAAUGGAAUUAAGAAGCUCUUCAGAUUCAUUUGGUUUGGAUGUUGAUAGCAGUCAAGCCCUCACUUUUUGUAAGAGAAGAUCCAUUCAUGAUAUCAAUGACAUAACAAAAGGUGCUGAAAAUGUGAAAAUUUCAUUGGUAGAUGAAAUUGGUAGUGAGGGUCUGCCAAACUUCUUUUAUCUUCCAGAAAAUACAAUUUAUCAAAAUGCAUAUCUACAUUUCUCACUGGCUCGGAUUUCAGAUGAGGAUUGUUGUUCAAGUUGUUCUGAUAAUUGUCUUUCAUCAUUGGUACCUUGUGCAUGCGCUCGUGAAACUGCAGGAGAGUUUGCCUAUACCCCAAGAGGGCUUCUAAAAAGGAAUUUUCUUGAUACUUAUAUUUCAAUGAGUAAAGAACCUCAGAAGCACCAUUACUUUUAUUGUGAGGAUUGCCCAUUAGAGAGGUCCAAGAAUCAGUACCUUCCUGAUCCCUGCAAGGGUCAUUUAGUGAGGAAGUUUAUUAAAGAAUGCUGGAGAAAAUGUGGCUGUAGCAUGUACUGUGGGAACCGAAUAGUACAACGUGGUAUUACCUUUAAAUUGCAGGUGUUUAUGACACAUGAGGGAAAAGGGUGGGGUCUUCGAACACUUGAAGCCUUGCCUAAAGGUGCUUUCGUCUGUGAGUAUGUUGGGGAAAUUUUAACCAACAUGGAGCUAUAUGAGCGGAAUAAGCAAAGCAAUGGUAAUGACAGACAUACAUAUCCAGUGCUCCUUGAUGCAGAUUGGGGUUCAGAAGGAGUUUUGAAGGAUGAAGAAGCACUCUGUUUGGAUGCAACUUUUUAUGGCAAUGUUGCAAGGUUUAUUAAUCAUAGAUGCUUUGAUGCCAACUUGCUAGAGAUUCCAGUUGAAAUCGAGAGCCCUGAUCACCACUACUAUCAUCUUGCUUUUUUCACUAAAAGGAAAGUAGAUGCUUUGGAAGAGCUGACUUGGGAUUAUGCAAUUGACUUUGCUGAUGAAAAUCAUCCCAUUAAAGCAUUUCAAUGUUGCUGUGGAAGUGAAUUCUGCCGAGACAUGAAUGGGAAAGGAAUUAAAGCUUCUGACUCAUAGAACACAGCUAAAGCUUCUGCCAUAAACAACUCCAUCAAGGGUGUUGUGAAAUCUCGAUGAAACUCUGCUGGGGUAGCAAAACUAACCACAAACACAUGUCACAGGGCUUGGAAUUGAAUACAAACACAAUAUUCGACAUUCGGAGCACAAAAUAUUUGCAGUUUCCCAUGAACAUCAGGGCCGAUCUUUCUAGAAAAAAAAAGUACAGAACAAAAAUAAGGGGAUUCUGAAGUUGCAGGAUGACUGUUUUCACUAUAUGCUACACUGGUACUGUUGACAUUCUGAAGUUGGCCAACAAUUUUAAAGACCCAAGUUUUAGAAAGGAAACAAAAUUCCUUAGUAGAACCUUUACUCAGAUCACGAAUCUCUACUACUACUACUACUACUACUACUACUACUGCUGCUGCUGCUGCUAAUAAUGAUAAAGUCACCGUCAAUUUGAUACUAAUUGUACACCGAACAAAGAAAUCUUCAUUCUUAUUUAUAGAACUCCACAGACAAACCAAAGAUUACUACUAUGUUUGAUGUAAGAACUGACCCAGUGUCCAUUUUGAUA